AGAAUCAUACUUGUGACGAACACUUUCAAACUCUCUCAUUAAUUGAUGCGUUUGAUAUCUGGCAAUCAGGUCAGGCGUUAACUGCACACUUGGUUUUACUUGCGACGCACGCUUUCAAACCCUUAACACCUGUUUUUAUCAUAGAGAAUCAUACUUGUGACGAACACUUUCAAACUCUCUCAUUAAUUGAUGCGUUUGAUAUCUGGCAAUCAGGUCAGGCGUUAACUGCACACUUGGUUUUACUUGUUAAAUAA